CGUCACUUGGUGGGCGUUCAUAGAUGGUGGGCGUGCCACACGUAUGGCGGAAGAGCAGGUGCAUCACCAAAUCCAGCAGCAUUAUCACAACAAACGUUAUCAACAGUGAAAGAAAGGCUGCCGAGACUGCAGUGCGCCUUCUGAUAGAGAAACAUAACCGUUAAUCUGGUUGUUGUCGGAGAGUCCGAAGGCCCGUCGACAUGGCUCUGAACCAGAACCACUCGGAGUCCGGCGGCGGAGUCAUCAUCAACAAUAGUGAAAGUGUGUUGAUGAACUAUGAUAACGUGGAGCUGGUUUUCUGUGACACGGACAGUCUGCCCGAAGCCUUCAGAAAGAGCAAGAAGGGCAGCAUCUACCUGACUCCGUACAGGGUGAUCUUUGUGGCUAAAGGGCGGGAUGCGCUGCAGUCUUUCAUGAUGCCCUUCUACCUAAUAAAGGGCUGUGAGGUCAAACAACCUGUAUUGGGAGCCAAUUACAUCAAGGGGACGGUCAAUGCAGAGCCUGGAGGUGGCUGGCAGGGCAGUGCUAUGUUCAAGCUCAUCUUUGCUGCUGGAGGAGCUAUAGAGUUUGGCCAGUACAUGUUGCAGGUUGCUGCUCAGGCAUCAAGAGGUCAGCCAGUAACUCCUGGGUUUGGUGGGUGCCCCUACAUGGCCAAUGGGGCUUAUUCUUACCCUCCUCCCCCUACUAACGGGAUGUACCCUGCUGGACCUCCACCUGGCUACUCCUACCCCAACCCUCCUCCACCAGAUGGAUACUAUCCCAACCCUCCAGCGUUUGAUGCUUCUGCGGCCUACAUACCUCCGCCGCCUUAUUCUGCCCCUCUAGGUCAGCAGCCCCCACACGACCCUGACCUCCCCUCCUCAGCAGCAGCGGAGGCCAAAGCAGCCGAGGCAGCAGCAAGUGCCAGCUGUGCCACGCUGCCUUCUACACAUGUGUACCUGCCCCAGGACAAGCCCCCUCCCUACUCCCCUCCAGAAGACAAGAAGAACCAGUAGACCUGCUUGAUCUCCCCCUCGUCCCUCUCCGUCUCAUGUUCUCUCUAUUCUACUGGAUCACCUCAUUUAAUUAACACGACAUCAGGAAGGGUUUCCUUUUUAACUUGGUCCCCUCUUUUUCAUCUUCCUAGUCUGCUUCCAACACAUUCCUUUUGGUUUCCCCUUUUUUUCUCAUUCCAUUGCGUUUCCACCUUAGCCCAUACCUUUUUACAUAAUUAAUAUACUGUGUUAUCUGUUUCAGUUUCUUCAGUUUUUUCUUUACCUGAUGGAAGUUAAAAGUAUUUGUAGCGAUCUUUGAGAGAAACGAGAAGGUUGUUUAGGCCAAAGUUGUCAGGGUUUUGGUUUUAUUUUCCAAUGUGGUUGACAGUAGCUUUGUAACCUGAUUAGCUAAUUUAGUCCCACGAUCCCCACUGCCAUCCUAAACUUGAGUUAUGUUUUGACACUCACAUAUAAUUUUCUACAACUGUCUAUUAAACUGGACCGAAUCUAAAGAUGUUAGUUACUUUGCUAAUCUAAUCAGAGGCAAGCUGAAUGCAGUGUUUUAUUUUUCUAUUAUUUGUGUGUACAGGCUUUUAAUAUGUAGACUUUUAAAAUGCGAUAUUUUCUCACAACACUAACCUAGAGAAAACCUAGCUUUUGUAAAGAGAGCGAUUGCCGUGUGGCCUGGUCUGCUUCGACAUGUUUUAGUGGAUGAGAGGACCAUAAAGAUUAGAGCAGCGUUGAGCCCCCGCAGUAAAUCCCUGAUCCGAGGUUAGAGCAGCGUGGGACGCACUGCCAGGGAGGGAUUAUCUUGUAUGUGCAAAAAGCAGAGCAGUCACCCAAUGAUGUCACUUCCUGUUUAGCCUCUGAACAUUCGAGAAAACAAUUGGUCAGACUCAACACCAGCCGGCUUCACCUUCCAUCCUCCUAAUGUAAAUUUUAAACAUAAUGGAAACAAACGAGACCAUUAGAGGCCGUUUCUACUUUCUGUGGUCUCGAUCUAAACUCUCCAGUUUGAGGUCAGUCUUUAAAUCUGAUCUGAGCACCUCGGUAUUUGAGCCUCCACUCUUCCUUCCUCUGUAGUCACUUAUCUUUAUACUGUAUCUGUGGCACAUCCGUGGCUGAUUCUUUGCACUUUCAGAAUGCUAUGCAUCGGGCUCCUGUUUGCUCUGUCAUGGCUGUGUAUUAUUAUAAUAAUAAUAAUAAUAAUAAAGCUCUGUAUUUAUUUCAAACUAACUUAUUGAAUAAUUCAUUUACAUUGGCUCAAGUAAGAAAAACAAAGCAUGAUCUCAACUAAUGCAUGUAAGCAUUGGAUUGGAUUUUAUUAAAUGGAUCUUGAUUCAUGUGAAACA